AUGGGAGGCCUGGGAUCAUCAACUUAUCAGUCUAUCAUCACGCACCAGCAGUUGUCGACGGAACUCGAUUCCCGACCCGCUCGUCUCACCUUCCUUCCUGUCCCGUCUAAAGAGAUUCCUUCCCCCACGAUCGUGGAGGUUCAACUCGUCCGUGGGGGACACAAAGACACGGGAGACCCCAACUGCCGAGAUGCGCAGCGCUUCUCCAACCUGGGCUUAUCACCUGGGAAUGAUAUGAUCGCUAGGGUCUGGGACUACCCGAAGAUCGUCUCCCAGAAAAAUGGGCUACCCCGCAAAUCGUCAAAGGAUAGGGUAAUAGCCGGCGAUACAAAAUGA